ACUUCCUUCACCCUCACCAAGCUUAGAACCAACUCCAACAUUGAUCCAUCACAUCAUUACUACCAAUCAACAUGCCGCUUCGCGAGACCGACCCCGUUUUCGAGAGUGACAUAUUGAAACAGGUCAAAGUAGGUAUCGAGGCUGCCCGCAACGCAAAGUUCGGGGUUUCCCAAUAUUUUAUGCCCCUGCCGCUCCUCGUCGACGAAUCUGCGGCGAAUCCACUGCCGUGCUAUGAACCUGCCGAGGAGACCACCGCCCUCAGCGCCCACGUGUCAGCGCGCAUUCAUGCCCUUUACAAGAAGGUUGCCGCCGCCUAUAACGAGGUUGAGGAUCCGCCAGCCAGCCUCGGCAUCUACCUCGGAAUCAAGCCACAGAAGUUUGAGACAGAGCCGGAUUGGUGCCACCAUCGCAGGUAUCACUCGCGCCGCCUGCGGCUGCACGACCCCGAGACACUGCCAAAUCUGCCCUUUGUAAGCAGCCUGACCAUCAGGUCAAUGUCGCUCGGCUCCGGCGCCGAAAACGCGACAGACAUACGCCCUCUGUCCCCCCUCGUGCCGCUGCAGUGCCUCGUCCACCUGCCGGCUGUCCAAGAGUGGAAUGCCCCCUGGUUGUGGGAGCGGCCCAUGCCCGCCUCCAUGCCGAGUAGGGUAAUGCGCGAGCACUACACCUGGCCCUGGGAGGGCCCCCUGCGAGACGCCCGCCACGAGUUCGGCGCCGCAAUCAUGGACCAGGAGAAGCACCUCUGCGGGAGAAGGAUCCCCGCCAGCCUGACCAGGGCCUCACUGCACUUCUGGCCAUUCUUCUCGCUCCCCCAGCAUGACCAGUCCGUGGCCCGGCCGAACCUGAUCCAUCCGGCAGAUAAAGACCCGGUGUCGGUCGGUCUGUGCAAGCUCGGUGCGCAGCUAAGCCUGUUCGACGUGCGUGCCGUCGUCACUUCAGACCUGUUCCCCAGUCCCGAGGCACCAGCCGACCAGCAGUGGUCACAGAUGCGGCGAUUCCGGCUCGAGUUUCACAACCUCCGUCCAGAUGGGCGGUGGUACUUUGUCGGCCCCGGUGGCGAGGAUCCGCAUGACUCUGAAGAAGGAGGGUACAAGAUCUCAGAAACGAAGCACUACCCCCGGCAAACCGACCCGGAUGAGGACAUGGAACUCGACCGCGAGUACGGCGACGACCCGGAGUGCUUUGUAGAAUACCGUCUAGACAUGUUCCGCACUGAGCCCUGCAGGGACCGGAUCGAGCCCCUGCUUGCGGCGUUUGCCAAGUCUCUGCCUCGCGACAAUAUGCCGAGCCUCGACGACGCAGAGCUUUUCACGCACCUAUGGUGGUACCCUUCAGACAACAAUGAAGUUGAGGGAUAUGAUCUACCGAUGAAACUGGGCCACAGAUGGGGUGUCAAGUUCAUUGCUGGGCGUGGCAGUGAGAAGAAGAUGAAGGACGGCGAUGCUGUUACUGCUGCGGCAGCACCAACAACACCGGUGGUGCAGUGGCAGGUUGGCGACUGGAGACCCAGCGAGGAGGUCAUGACUCUGUUCGAAAGCCUAGGACGGCAGGAGUGGCUUGAUCUCGAGUGGAAUAGGUAUAGAUGCACGGCGGGGCACGACCUGCUGGGAAAUAGCGAGUCUUCACCCAUAUAG